UCCCCCGCGUGGAGCUCAUCGGUAACUGCACCCUGGUCCGUCGCAGAAAUACCACGCCGCUUUUGUGACAUCAUCAACACGAGACUAAGCAGCACAACGCCGAAGCGACAGCAACAAUGCUUUUCUACUCGUUUUUCAAAUCUCUGGUGGGGAAGGACGUGGUGGUGGAGCUCAAGAACGACCUGAGCAUCUGUGGAACACUUCACUCUGUCGACCAGUACCUGAACAUCAAACUCACAGACAUUAGUGUCACAGAUCCAGAGAAAUAUCCACACAUGCUGUCUGUGAAAAACUGUUUCAUCCGUGGAUCUGUGGUCCGGUACGUUCAGCUCCCUGCAGACGAAGUUGACACUCAGCUGCUGCAAGACGCUGCACGAAAAGAAGCAAUGCAGCAGAAGCAGUGAUUUACCUGCGAGAUGGGGGGGGGUUCAGUUUGGGGUGGGAGGUGGAGACGGAGUUGGGGGGGGUCUGGGGCUGAAAGUGUUGUUCAAGUUUUGUGUUAAUUUCAUAAAAAAAAAAAAAAAAUCGUACAGUUUUUGAAGGAGUAUUAUUGCUCACUGGCCCCUGAUCUUUCAUGAGAAUUUAAGUGCAUUUCCGACAUCAGUGAUCAAUAAUUUACAUGACAGUAAUUAUAAAAAAUUGAUUUUCCCCCUUGUUUAGUUAAAAAAGAGAAACCCAGCAGAGGUGAAGAUUUGUUGUAAUGUUUCUGUUGCAUAAAAACACUGUUUAUCAUUUAAAAAAAAAAAAAAAAAUGACUAGGAUUUUUUUUAUGCCACUUCAAAAUAAAAAGCUAUUUUAUUUACCUAUUGACCAAGUUAUUGUCGUUUCUAGGUGUUUGUUUGUAGUUUUUUGUAUUUUGAUCUUUGAUCAUGGAAGAAAUGUUAAAUAUGAUUGAUAGAUACACAGACAAUAAUGAACAUUGCAUCACGUUUUAUAUUCACAUUUACAUUGUACUGUAGUCCAGUCCUGCUGGACACCCAAGUGAAACACUUGAUAUUGUCAAUGGUAUAAAAGUUAUUUUGGGUGUGUUUUUGGUCAAUAAAGGGAGAGGAGCAUUUGGA